AUGGAAGAAUUCCAUCGUAUUCCUAUAAUCCUAGUAGAUGAAAAUAUAUAUGAAAAUGAGAUAGAUUUUAUUCUAAAUGGAAAAAUAAAAGAAAAACAUAAUAAACAGAUAAUAAGUAAUUCUUCAGAUAAUAUAUCUCAGGGACUAUCACAUAUCCAAAUAAUAAGGGAUAUGAAAAAACGUGGUAUUGAAGAAUUUUAUAAUCAAUCAUAUAAAUCAGCACUUUAUUGGUUUUCUAAAGCAUUGGAUGCUUUAAAUAUAGAUAAUAUAACAAAAAAUAUCACUAAUAAUAUAGAUGGUAAUAAUAAUAUAUUUUUAAAAAUGUCAUUAUACAGUAAUAUUAUAGCCUGUAAUUUGGAAUUAGAAAAUUAUGAAAUUGUAAUUAAUGAUUGUAGAUAUUUAUUAAAUAUUUUAUCAAAUAUAAUAGAUAAUGAUAAUAUAUUAAUUCUAAUAAAUAAGACUAAAUAUAGAUUAUCAUUAUCAUUAUGGAAAUUGGAACAGAAUAAAAAUAUUAAUAUAAUAGAUAAAAAUAAAAUAGAGGAAGCAUUCCAAUUAAUUAAAGGUGUAUAUAACUAUUUUACACAAACUUUGAAGGUAAAUCCCUCUACAGAAGUUGAUAAAUUAUAUUCUACAUUAUUAUCUUAUAUAACUUUAAAUUAUAAACAAAUUCUAUCUUUAGAAAAUAUAGAAAAAGAAUCAAAAGAUAUUAAACAAGAUUGUAUAGAUGAAAUUAAAAUUUUAAAAAAUGAUAUAAGAAAUUCUCAUAUAAUAAAAUAUAUUGAUACUUUUAAUAAUGGUAAAAUAAUAGUACCAACAAUUUUUUUAAAUAAAAUAGAAUUAAGAUCUAUUAUAGAUUUUUUAAAAAUAUGGAACUAUAUAGAAAAUAAUAUUGAAUACUUGGAUUAUUUUAUAUUAUAUAUAAUAAAUUUGGAUAUUUUAUUACGUCUAUUUAAGAGAUCACAAAUAGAUGUAAAAAUAAUGGAUAAGAUACUUAAUAGAAUAUUUUGUUUUUUAGAUAUAAUAAAUAUAUGUAUAAAAUCUGAUAAUUUAUAUCCAGAGAAUAUAUAUGAAUUAAUAAUAAAUCAUUUAUUAGGAAUUUUAAAAGGUUUAAUAUUUUCUAUGGAUGCAGAAUUAGUAAUAUAUAUGGUUCCAUGUUAUGGUAUAUACAAGAUCCUAGAUUGUAUUUUAAUAAGAAAUUUAAAUAUUAAUACUUCUAUAAAGGAAUUAUUAGGAUUAAUUAAAGAGAAGAAUAUUGAGAUAUAA